AUGAACACUAGCAAGGGUAAAAACUGUCCGAAGAAUGACGAAGAAUCAGCGUACGAUCGGACUCCUCUGAUCGACGAUGAGACGAUACGAAAAUCGGCAUCUGUGGAUGAAGAACGAGACUCGUAUGGAACCUUGCCAACACCGCUCAUAUUUCCAUUGCUGCCUUCCAACGAGACUCACAAGCAACGAAAUGGUUACAGCGAUUACGAUGAUGACUUGCCAGGACAUGAGGACAACAAGGAAGACUCUUACAUUGCAUUAUUGAAUCGAAAUCGAAAUUUACGAUUCUACAUUUUCAGUCUUCUCGUGACCAAUUGUGGCGAAUGGUUAUCCUACAUUGCCUCAAUAGAUUUAAUUGAAACCAAAUUGGCUAGUCUGAAUCAAGAAUCGAGGACGGCAGUUUCCAUUCUAGUGCUAGUGCGACUUUUGCCGAAUGUCAUAUUUUCCUCCUUGGGUGGCAAAUUGGCAGACAAAUACGACCGGCGGCAGUUGAUGCUGGGGUUGGAUGUCAUCAGUGCCGUGGUCACAUUGCUUUUUGUAGUGGCAUAUGAAUUGCAAUCCAUUCCGAUAGUAUAUGUGGCGAGUUUUGCACAGCAGGCACUCUGUGGGCUAUACCAGCCAUCAUCCUACAGUAUCAUUCCUAUGUUGGUCAACGAUGACGAUAAGGAUCUGAAAAAGGCCACUACCAUGCAAGGACUUGUUUGGAGUGCGAUGCAAGCUUUUGGCGCUGCAUUAUCAGGGUUUGUAGUGGAUGCACUUGGAGUUCGAACAUGCUUCUGCCUUGAUGCUGGCACUUUCGUUCUUAGCGCUUUUUUCAUUUGGAUGGUUCGAGGAGAAUACCGGGCAGUACCUAAGAAGGAAGAAGGUGAUACCAAUUUCCAACCCGACCCAGGGCACAGCACGAGCUAUUUGGAUGGAGUCAAGUAUUUGUUCUCUUCCUACUUUGCAGCUCUGAUUUUUGUCAAGGCCUUUGCUGGACUAGCCUACGGUGCUUGUGAUAUUCUGAAUGUUGUCUUGUCCGAGCUAGGCGAUGAUGCUCUCAGCGUUGAUUUCAAGCUGGGUGUAAUGUUUGGCUUUGUGGGAAUAGGGUGCUUGAUUGGUCCAUUUGUCACAGAACCAUUCAUGGAUGCUGAACGACCUGUGACCCUCCAAUUGUCGUGUGUCUUGUCAUUUGCAGUAGCAACCAUUGGGUAUAUGGGUUGGUGUUGGGGUCCGCCAUCUUUUUGGAUCCUAAGCGGUUUUGCCAUGAUACGGUCGGCAGGAUCAUCUGUCCUUUGGAUCAAUAGUUCCAUUUUGCUUCAAAAAUUUUCUUCUACGGAAAUGAUGGGAAGAGUCAUGUCCAUGGAUUAUGCUGUCGCUCUUGCUGCAGAAGCCUUGUCGGCGUAUUUAUGUGGCUAUCUCAUGGAUCGAUACGGAUUGUCGUUCCAUCAAGUGGUCUUUGGAUUGGUCAUUAUUUCUUCGGUUUCCACCGUGUUUUGGUUCGUCUAUCAUUUCACCGGUAGAGGCGCCAAAAAGUACAAAGCCACGGGUACACCGAACGGUCAGUGA